UAGUUGAAAGUGAUUUCAUCUACAAAAUCCUCAUAAAAAUCAGGAAAAUGUAUAAUCCGCGACGCACAACUGAGUUAAUGGGCUCUUCCCACAGACCCACAGAACGAAAAAGUCGUCUUGCUGUGCCAACAUCUCGCCGAACGACCCAAAAUGCAGUUCCCUCAAGUCUUCACAAGCGCCCACAAUCCGUCGAUCGUCAUUCGCAACGACAACAUUCCCUUCUGCCGCAACCAUCAACUGUGAAAAAAGGUCGUUCCAGCAGUCAAACACCUCGUUCAACAUUUCAAACGCCAACAACGCCCGGGAAUCGGACCCCACUAAGUCAUGAAUACUUGCAAUCCGCCGACAAACGAGGCAUGGUCGAAGACAAACUGUUUAUUUUGCAAGAAGCUGCUCGAAUUACCAACUUCGCCAUUUGUCAAAAUGUCCCCGGGUUCGGAAAAGACACAAAAUUGCGGAAUGUUUCGUUCAAACAAUUCACGGGAUUGGUCGAACUGAUGCUCGAAAAGUUAGUUGGAAAUCGAUUUCCACUGCAAGGCAUCGAUAACAUUGUCAAAGCCUUGCAUGCGUUGGAUUAUCCGUUCACAAUUAACAAGUCUUGGUUGAAAACUCCGACUGCGGGACACGCUUUCAAUCACGUUGUCAUCAUGCUCGGAUGGUUGCUGAACCUCGUUGACCCUCCAUUGAUGCCCGAGGGCGAAACGGAGUUGGAUGACUUUGAAUGCAUCUCGAAUUUGGUUCACAAUCCGGAAUUUCCGACAGUCAUGUACCAGAAAAUCUUCAUGGAAAAGGCGAAAGAUGGCUUUAAGAUGUGGAAUUUGCAACAAGACGACGAUUUUGAGCAAUUAAAUGAGGAACUGGCGAACGAAGUCGUGUCGCAAUCCACAAGCGGCGUCAUAAAAACGAUCAAAAAGCUCGACGAUGACGUCAUUGCGCUCGAAAAAGAGCAAAAAGUGCUGGCAACAAAGGCGAAACCUUCGACAGAUCAACAAAAAUACCUCGAAAUUGAAAAAGAAGUCAAAGAUUUGCGACGCGUUUUGGAGGGAAAACAAGAAAUUGCGAAUCAAUUGACGCAAAGUAUCGCCGCCGAACGAAAAAUGUACGAAGAUGAGCAAAAAAUCCUGAAACAGCGAGAAAAACAAAUAGAUUCCUUGAGAAAACAAAUUUCCACGCAAAUUAUGUCAAAAUCUGAAAUCAAACAAUUAAUCGAGGAAAUUUAUUUGUUGAGACACACUCUUGAAGCCGAACAAAACAGCUACAAACGUCUUUUGCAAGAACACGACAAAGAACCCGUCGAGGUCUCGCAACUCAUCCGACAAAAGGUCCAAAAAAUCAAUCAACUCAACGAAGCAAUGUACGCGUUGGCGAAAAAUUUCGAAAAAUCUCUGCCCGACUUCCAACCUUCGGAUCACGAGUUGAACGCAAAUUCCCCAGAAAUUCUCCAGCAACUCGCGGAGCUCAAACCUUCAAUUUUGACCUUGAAAAAAUGGAUGUCUGACAUGAGCGACGUCUUCACAAAAGAUCAAAUCGAGCGAAAAGCCCGCAUUGAGCAAGUUUCCGUCGAUUUUGCGGAAAAUCAGAGGAAACUCAAAGAAGCUGUCGAGAAAAUCGCCACGGAAAUGCAAAAUUUGAACCAACUUUUCGCAAGUUUGGACAAAAAAUACACGGAAAUCGACGAAAAAUACGCAAAAGAGAAGCAGGAACAGGAAAUUUUGAAAAAAGAACUCGCCCAACUCAAAGCAGACAUCGAAACAGAACGACUAGCGAGAGAAAAAGUCGCGGAAGAAACACAAAUCAUCAUGAAACGCUUCGUGGAGGAGCAGAACGCGAUGCUGGAAGACUUGCGAGAAAAAUUAAAAGUUGCCAAGGAAAAAGUUUCGCACUACAAAAAAAUUCGCGAUGAAUCGACGCAAAAAGUUUCGCAAAAAGAAAAGGAAUUAUUGGAAAAAAUUGAAAAAUUUGGAUUUUCAGAGUGA